AUGGUGUGGAAGGAGCACCCCUUCCUGAUGAAAAGCGAGGAGGACAUGUAUCGUGCUGCGGAUGAAAUAGAAAAGGAGAAAGAGUUACUUAUACAUGAAAGAGGGUUAUCAGAACCUAAAUUAAGUGUAGCUCCUGAAAUGGAUAUCAUGGACUACUGCAAAAAGGAAUGGAGAGGAAAUACGCAAAAAGCUACAUGUAUGAAAAAGGGCUACGAAGAGGUAUCUCAGAAAUUCACCUCCAUAAGGCGAGUCCGUGGAGAUAACUACUGUGCGCUGAGGGCCACGCUGUUCCAGGCCAUGAGCCAGCCAGCGGGGCUGCCCUCCUGGCUGCAGGACCCGGAGCUCACGCUGGUACGCUGCUGCUGCAGUUACCAGAAAAACUCAUAAGCAAAUACAGCUGGAUCAAGCAGUGGAAACUUGGAUUGAAAUUUGAGGGGAAGAGCGAGGACCUGGUUGAUAAAAUUAAGGAGUCCCUCACUUUACUAAGAAAGAAG